AUGACUGAGAAAACUGUACUAAUAGCAAAUGAGUUAUUGUGUUAUUUGUUUAGCAAUGUGAAGUUUUUGGAUAACCCAAACUUUGUGGCAGCCGCCUUCGAGUUUUUCACUGCUGAGGAGAUAAACGUUGCUAAAAACCAAUUAUUGGCAGAUAUGGAAAGUUUAAAACAAAAUAAAUUAGGAGGCGGUAUAGGAAUUUUUGUAAGGAAAGAAUUUGAUUGUUUUAUCGAUGAUAACAUCGAGUCUGUAGAUGACAUAUUUGAGGCAUUUAGUAUAAAUAUUAAGUCAAAUUCUUCUAAUAAAUUGCCACUAAAAAUCAUUUCUAUUUACCGUCCACCUAACACAAGCAUUGAGAAGUUUAUCAAUGAAUUUGAAAAUAUUUUACACAAGCUCAGUUCUGCUCAAGAGAAGGAAACGCUGACGAAAGCUAGACCAAUGUGCAGGCAUUCUGAGCAUAGGAGGCACUCUCUCCUAUAUAAGGAGUGCAGCAUUAAGCAUAAGGAACAACAGAAGACACACACGGGACUACACGACAGACGAGACGAGACGGGACGCAAAGAACAGCACAAGAUACACACGAGUCUACUCGAGAGACGAGACGAAACGGCAAUGAUAUUCAAAGGAAAUUUACUAGACACACUUCCCUUUUCUAUUCUCAUACUUUGA